AGGCUUCUGAAGCAAACCAGGAAAGAAAACAGACUUUUUACGUCAUCAAAAAAUUGUCCAAUCAUAUCGUUUGAUUGUCAAUUACACAAAUUACACAGGGAAGUUGACAGAUUUUGACAACAUCGUGUAAUAUUGUUGUUGCAGGAUGUAAAUUUGUUCUUGUUCCUAUGUAAAAAUGCCGGUUAAAAGGGAGCGCCACCCCGAUAUGAACAUCAAUGAUUUGGACUAUAGCAUCACGUAUGAACUUUGCAAGAAUUUUGAUAUAGACAGAACGUGGGAGCAACUGGCUGGUGAUAUUGGGUAUUCUACAAGUCAUAUCCAGACGUUUGAGCUAGAGACCCAGAGAUCACAUGGAAGUCCUACCAAAAAGUUGCUCUGGGAUUGGGGCUCCAGAGGGGGCACUGUAAGAAAUCUUUAUGAUAAAUUAGAUCUGAUCAACAAAGCUCAAAGCAUGAAAUUGCUUGAAGAUAUAGUAAACCCAGGAAAGGGGAAAAAGAAGGAACAUAAGGUUGAGAAUACAGCUAAUGAUGAUAGUAUAUCAUCAAAAACUGAUAACUUCUCCAGUGACAUCGAUCAGAACUUCUAUGAAACAGAGAUGUUACCGAUCCCAAGUAUGAAGAAAUGUGGUCCAGUUGUCAAAGAAAGCAACAUGCCAGAUGUCAACUUUAAUAUGCCAUGCAUGAAGAGUGAGAAGACGGGCAAUAAAUCUCCCAUGUUUGAAAAGAUUCUGGGUACCAUGCUUGAACCACACGGUGCCUCAUCCGGGGAAACAUUCGCCCAAGCAGAUGGUCCGGCUUCUUUAAAGGGAAAUCUUGGUGCAGCAUCUUCUGCAGCGCGUUCAUUUGAGCGUGUAAGGUCAAUGAUGGAAUAUAGUUCCGAGGGUAUAGACAUGUCUGGUUGGAGCGAAAGUAGGAGGCAGAUUGCGCACGCUCUGAUGGGCUCUCCAAACUAUACGUACAAAGACCUUAGUGCAGCAACUGAUGGGUUCAAGGUUCAUAACCGAAUUGGGGAGGGGAAAUAUGGAGAAGUGUAUUAUGGUGUAGUGAAGAACACAAAAUGUGCAAUCAGAAAGCUGAAACAGAGAGAUAAUCCGCAGGACGAAGACUCGGCACUAUGUAUGGCAGCAGAACUGAAAACAUUGAGCAAGUAUAGACAUGAAAACAUUUUGAGCCUGUAUGGAUAUUCACUAGAUAAUGAUGAAGUAUGUCUUGUUUACCAGUACAUGAUAAAUGGUUCCCUAUACCAGUGUCUACAUGGCAAGCCUGGUACUGUAUUUAAAGUGUUGUCAUGGGAACAAAGAAUGUCUAUAUUGAAAGGAGCCUCGUGUGGGCUACAGUUCCUUCAUACAGCUGAGACGGUACCAGUCAUUCUUGGAAAUGUAAAGAGUGCCAACAUAUUACUUGAUGAACAUUUUGUGGCAAAAAUCAGUGACCUUGGUAUGGCAAAGCCGGCCACUGGGGGUGAAACAGCCGGCCGUCUCACUCAUAUUACGAAGAAAACUACGAGUAUUAGCGACUACAAGAACAAGGCAUAUCACCCGCCAGAGAUUGCUCGAGGAAACGGUUUCUCAAUCAAGGGAGAUGCUUAUUCAUUUGGAGUUGUGAUGUUUGAGUGUUUGUCUGGGCAAGAGGCUUAUGAUGAAAGGAGAGAAGGCAGUGUGGAACACAAAUAUCUCGUUGAGUACAUACAAAGUGCUUUAGAAGAUUCACCUAAGUUAAAAAAGCAGAAAACAUUUUAAGAUCCAAAUUU